AAAGAAGAAAAAGAUGAAGAAGAAGAAGAAGAAGUACACUCACCGUGCUAUACAGGAAAUAGCUACUGUCGUCAUCUCCGUUUAGUUGCAAUGUUGUACGAGGUCUCUUUCUGAAAGCUGUCACACUUAGGUUGCAUAAGCAGCAAUGAUGUCUGGCACCGGGGGAGGGAAGCGAGCCUCAGGUGGGGACAGCCCCCCUGGUCCACCUGAGAAAAAGAGUAAAAAAGAGGAGAAGACCACCACCACUCUCAUUGAGCCAAUACGCAUUGGGGGAGUGUCCUCUACGGAGGAAAUGGACAUGAAAGUGAUCCAGUUUAAGAAUAAGAAGCUGAGUGAGCGUCUGGAGCAGAGGCAGACCAUGGAGGACGAGUUGCGAGAGAAGAUCGAGAAGCUGGAAAAGCGACAAGCCACUGAUGAUACCACACUGCUCAUUGUGAAUCGUUACUGGUCCCAGUUGGAAGAAAAUGUUCACGUCCUGCGCCUCCGCAUUGACCCCACGGUGGUCCCAGCACCGCCUGCUAUGCCGGUCUCUGCCCCUACCCCAAUAGAAGAGGAUGGUAUGAUGAUUCCACCACCCCCUCCUCCAGCAACAGAACACGAGGAGACACAGCCUCCCCCACCUGAUGUUAUGGAGAAAGCUCCUGAACCACAGCAGGACUCGACAACAGCACCUCCACCCACUACUUCCCUCAGUGAGAGUGCCAAGGCCUUCCUCUCCAUUCUGGACAACAGCAGUGAGGAGGAGCUCAGCCUGCAGCUGCAGGACAGGAUGCAGUUUAGCAAAGAGGCUGCUGCUUGCAUGGUCUGCGUCUUCGACAGGUUGCACAGCCGCAUCGACGGCCUAUGCACCCAGAUCCAGUCCGCAGUGUGUGAGGACGACGGCCAGGAAGAGCUGCUCCGUCUGAAUCGCACUCUGCUGGAGGAGAAUAGCAGACUCCAAGACCUGGCUUCCUCCCUGCAGGGCAGACACCACAAGAUGUCUAUGGAGUACAAUGAGCUUGUGGAUAAGGUGACGAGCUCGGAGACCAAGGUGUCUGAGAUGGAGACUGCUGUGGAGGAUCUGCAGUGGGACAUCGAGAAGCUCCGUAAAAGGGAACAGAAGCUCAACAAGCAUCUAGCUGAAGCACUUGAGCAGUUGAACUCGGGCUACUACACCACUGGCAGCUCAGGGGGGCUACCCGGAGGCCAGAUCACUCUCAAUAUACAGAAGUUUGAGAGCCUGAAUGCAGAGUUGGAGCAAAACCAGGAGCUGGCCAACAACCGCAUGGCGGAACUGGAGAAACUACAGCAGGAGCUCCAAGAGGCUGUGAGGGAGAGUGAGAAGCUCAAGUUGGACCUGAAAAAUAUUCCAGAGGAUGUGGUGAAGGAGACCGCGGACUACAAGUGCCUGCAGUCCCAGUUCUCACUACUCUACAACGAGUCUCUCGGGGUGAAGACCCAGCUGGACGAGGCCCGGGCCCUGCUCCUCACCGCCAAGAACGCCCACCUCAGACAGAUAGAGCAUAUGGAGAGUGACGAGCUGUCACUACAGAAGAAGCUCCGCACUGAGGUCAUCCAGCUGGAAGACACGCUGGCGCAGGUGCGCAAGGAGUAUGAAAUGCUGCGUAUCGAGUUUGAGCAGAACCUGGCGGCCAACGAGCAAGCAGGCCCAAUCAACAGAGAGAUGCGCCACCUCAUCAGCAGCCUCCAGAACCACAACCACCAGCUGAAAGGUGACGUGCAGCGUUACAAGCGGAAGCUCCGGGAAACACAGAUGGAGAUUAAUAAGUUGCGGUGCCAGAGUGGUGACACUGGGCUUCUGUCGUUGGAGGAGCCGGUGAGCGACAGCCUGGAGGUGAAGAAAGAAGAGGAUGAAGACCAAGAAGAGGAGGAGGAGAGGAGGAGGGAGCUGGAGAGACAGCGGUCCCGGGAGAGGGAGAGGGAGGCCGAGAGGGAGCGAGAGAGGGAGCGAGAAAGGGAGCGACAGCGCAGCGAAGAGUUGAAGAGAAAAGAUUCUGACACACUGAAGAUGCUGAGGGCUGAACUUAAGAAAGCCCAGGAGUCUCAGAAGGAGAUGAAGCUACUUUUGGACAUGUAUAAAUCAGCUCCCAAAGAGCAGCGAGACAAAGUGCAGCUUAUGGCAGCAGAGCGCAAGUCUAAAGCCGAGGUGGAUGAGUUGCGGGUGCGGGUUCGAGAGCUGGAGGAGAGGGAGAGGAAGGAGAGCAAGAAGCUGGCUGAUGAGGACGCUCUCAGGAAGAUACGCGUGGCAGAGGAGACGAUCGAUCACCUACAGAAGAAGCUCACGGCCACCAAACAGGAGGAGGAGGCCCUACUGAGUGAGAUGGACGUGACGGGCCAGGCCUUUGAGGACAUGCAGGAGCAGAACAGCCGGCUGAUGCAGCAGCUGAGGGAGAAGGAUGACGCCAACUUCAAGCUGAUGUCGGAACGCAUCAAGUCCAACCAGAUCUACAAGCUGCUGAGGGAGGAGAAGGAGGAGCUGGCCGACCAGGUGCUAACCUUCAAGACCCAGGUGGAAGCUCAGCUAUUGGUUGUACAGAAGCUGGAGGAGAAGGAGGGCAUCCUCCAGAGCUCACUGGCCACUCUGGAGAAAGAGUUAGGAGUCCGCACACAAGCACUAGAACUAAACAAGAGGAAGGCGGUGGAGGCAGCCCAGCUGGCUGAAGACCUGAAGGUGCAGCUGGAACACACCCAGUCCAAGCUGAGAGAGAUCCAGGUUUCUGUGUCCGAGAACCGCACCGCCAGAGAGAGGGAGUUGGGCAACCUCAAAAGAGCACAGGAGGACCUGUCCAGGCUACGACGAAAGCUGGAGAAGCAGAAGAAAGUGGAGGUGUACACUGAUGCUGAUGAGAUCCUGCAGGAGGAGAUUAACCAGUACAAGGCGAAGCUGCGUUGUCCGUGCUGCAACACCCGCGACAAGGAGACCGUGCUCACCAAGUGCUUCCACGUGUUCUGCUACGAGUGUCUGAAGACGCGCUACGACACCCGACAGAGGAAGUGCCCCAAAUGUAACUGUGCCUUCGGGGCCAACGACUUCCACCGCAUCUACAUCACCUAACUCCGUUACACGGAGAGGAGAAGAAGAAGACAACGGUGAACAGAGCCUAAAGGAGAGGAAGGGGGGAAAAUGGUGUGGUUGGAGAGGUGUCUGGAGAGUUUUGUUUUUUCUCAGUUUUAAUCGCUCCUUUUGGAAAGACUUUCUUAAAUUGCAUCAUUGCCGGUUGGUGCUAGUGACCAAACAGAGCAUUGUCAGUGAUUGCGAUGUACGGUAGGUGGUAAUAAGAACAGAUGUGCUCAUGCUCCCAUACAAAGGUAUUACUACUUCUGUUUUUCUGGCCAAUCUUAGUCUGUCAGAUCUUGCCCAUGUGGAAUUCUUAACAUUUAACUGAGCCCAUUUUUAAACUGUUAAUCACCUUGUAAAAGUGAACUGGGAAGUUGUCGUGGUGCUGUAUGAUUUGGAGACAGACUUACCCAGAAUCAUCCUUUAGAAUACCUGUAUGUGCUUGUUUUGGAUAUUCAAAGAAAAGACGACCAUUCUCCAGAACUGAGAUUCCAUUACUGGACACAUAUCUAGUUCAGUUGCUAUGUUGAGUUGUGUACAUUACGACUCCAUUCAGUUGAAAAUGAGUUCCUUUCAUUGUCGUAACAAUCACGUUAUGCACCUGUGCAGAGAUUUCACCGGAUAAUACUAUUGUCGAUACCUAGGAAUCAUUCAACUUAGUUGGCAGUUUAGUUUGACUUUGCCUGUGGCUAGCAGAUCGAGCGCCUCAGUCACACACAACAUCUGCAGGUUUUAGUGCCUCGUUACUGAUGACAUUUCAGUGGAAGAGUCAGCUCACGAGUGUCAUUAAGUGGGCCGGGCCAUCCCAUCCAGCUCUUUCAAGACAACGUAAAGAUUACUGGAACAUUAAAGGAGCUAUAUGUAAUAAUUUGCAUUGUAAUUUCAGAAAAUGUCCUUAAUAUAUCUACAGUAAUAGUGGAAUGAUAGUUUCACCUAUAUUUUUUCACCAAAACCAUUUUUGGCCCCACACAAAAUUCCAUUCUAAUGGUGCAGACUUCUUGACCGGGCAAGCGUCAAACAUGUAGAAAUCACUCAGCUCCAGUCAAUUGGACAAUGAGAUUUGCUGGCUCCAGUCAAUUGGACAAUGAGAUUUGCUGGCCCCAGUCAAUUUGACAACUAGAGACGGUCCGUUGUUGAAUUGUCACAUAUACAGUCUCUCAUAUAUCUUACAACCAUAUUCUGCCUUAAUGGAAUCUCUGAACCCCCUUUUCCUCAGUUCUGAUGAUGCUAGCCAUUUAAUGAGAGCUUGGUGAUGUGUUUGACGUUAGCACCUGUGCGAACCAAAAUCAUAACUGGCCUCAAAAUACCACCGUGAGACUCUUGUGAUCUAAAGUCAAUGGCAAAAAAAACAUCAUGCAUCUGUUCAAAAUAAGACUUCUAGAAUGUUUAGAUGAAAUGUUUGAGUUUUGUGAUUCGGGAUAUUUGGAUUGGUAUUAAUAAGUGGAUAGUGUGGGCUCUGUGUUAUGAACAUACAUGUCAUAGACAAAGAAGCAGUUCUCAUUCAGAACAUAGUGAUCAUUUUGUAUUUCACGGAGUGUAGAUUUGGUGAGUUUUCCUAGUAAAAACAGACUUGCGCAUCAU